GCCUCCGGUUCUCGGGCACAGCCGCUCAGCCGGCGCUUCCGUGGCUGUGGCGGUGGACCGGUGGUUUCAGCCGUAUCUUCUCCGGACAACAAACAAACCAACACAUCUACGACGACGACGAAGACCCCAUUUCCAAGAUCGCCGAAUAUCUCGCUGCGUAAUCCAAAAAAUUUCUUCUUCAUCUUCUUGUUCGUGUUCUCCGAGACAUUGGGAGCGCUUCAAAAAUCGAGCACUCCAUCCAUUUCAAUCUGCUUCGAUCUGCGAUUUCGGGCUUCGGAACUCUCAGUCGAACAUUGUGACCGCUGAAACCGGGCGCAAAAUGCAUAUCAAGAGCAUUGUGCGCGAGCUCUGGGAGAUGCGAGACGGGAUUGGAGGCACGGCGGGGAGGAAACUCGAGCGGAGACAUGCGCAUCGUCAGGGGAGAUCGCACAUUGCUCCUGAAACCACGGUUCCUAUGCCUUGGCGUGAGGAGGCGGUCCGGCAGGGGCCAUGGGCUAAUUUGCCUCCCGAAUUGUUGCUUCACAUAAUAAAGCGCGUCGAGGCGAGCCAGAUCUUGUGGCCAUCUCGGAGAGACGUCGUUGCUUGUGCCUCGAUUUGUAGAUCGUGGAGGGAGGUCACCAAAGAGGCCGUGAAGACUCCGGAGCAAUGUGGGCGGCUGACUUUCCCCAUUUCUCUGAAGCAGCCAGGACCUAGAGAUUUUCCAAUCCAAUGCUUCAUUCGCAGGGACUCGGAAAAUUCAACCUUUUUCUUGUAUCUCGGUUUGAGCCCCGGCCUAUCUGAGGAGAGGAGCAAACUGCUUUUGGCUGCAAGAAAGAUCAGAAGGGCCAUGAGCACAGAUUUUGUAAUAUCAUUAGUAGCAGAUGAUUUUUCUCAAGCUGGAACUUCUUACGUUGGCAAACUGAGGUCUAAUUUCAUAGGGACGAAGUUCACUGUUUACGACAGUCAACCUCCGCGGGAUGCUGCAAUACAAUCAAACCAGAAGUCUCAUGAAAGAAUGAACCCGAAGCAGGUGUCUCCAAAGGUCCCUUCUGGCAAAUUUAGUGUGGCCACCAUAUCUUACGAGCUUAAUGUUCUCCGAAGCAAAGGCCCAAGGAGGAUGCACUGCAACAUGCAUUCAAUUCCCAGCUCUGCAAUACAGGAAGGCGGUACAGCCCCGACACCGACAGAAUUUUCAAAGAGCUCUGUUCAGCCAUUCUUGCCACUGCCGCCACUGCCCGCUUCAAAUGGAAAGAAGCAGCUCGAGAAGCAUAGCUCCACCAGCCUCGAGCCGUUUAAGUCAACCCUUGGUGCAUGGGAUCCAUUAACUCUGAGGAACAAAGCUCCUAGAUGGCACGAGCAGCUUCAGUGCUGGUGCCUGAACUUUAGAGGCCGCGUCACGGUGGCCUCUGUCAAAAACUUUCAGCUAGUCGCUGCCUCAGAACCUUACCAAAACAUUCCCGCUGCAGAACACGACACUGUGAUACUGCAGUUUGGGAAGAUUGGCAAGGACAUAUUCACUAUGGAUUACCGCUAUCCUCUCUCUGCCUUUCAGGCCUUUGCAAUCAGCUUGAGUAGUUUUGGCACCAAGCUAGCCUGCGAAUGACCUCCGUCUCGGAUUUGUCUUUUUCUCUGUCGCCAAGAGAGUGAUGGCAUUACUCCAGUUGUUGAUUGUACAUAGUUUUCCAUCAAAGAGAUGUUCUUGACAACUUUGGUAGUUCCGAGUAGUGUCUGCUGCAUUGAAAGAGACAACAUAUGUCUCACUGUUACCAAUAUUUUAUUUUGAGCUCGAACUUCUGCUAGCAUCGGCUUGCAGAUGAUAGGCA